GAUCCGAGCUGAGAGACAGUCAUUUUGCAUCUUUUUGUGACUAUCUGUGUGGUUUUAGAUACGAAGGAAGUCAGUGAAGUAAUCCAUUUCUACUGGCUACAGACUGGCUACAGGAACACUUAGUCAUCUACUCUCAGGAGAUUGUUUUGGAACUGGGCACAGAUUUGGCUUUUAUUUUCAAGCUCUUUCGUGCCUGUGAUUAGUUGUCAUAUUGGUUUUUAGGGAAUGCCAUCUUCUGGACAAAAUAUAAUCCUAGCUUGCCGUUGCCGCUUGGUUUAUGAAAAACAGAUGUCUUAAUGCUCUGGAACUUCACACAGAAUGGAAAUGACCGGCUAGAGAGCCAUUUCGACUGAGAACAUCGAGUUGAGACCUUACAGAAUCAAGCCGGGGUGUGUGUUUUCUCUGCUUGUCUAUUUUUUCUGUGUAACUGAUAGCUGUCCAAGAAGCGUCAGUCCUACAACUAAGAAAUGUAAGGGGAUAAAAGCUGUUUCACCUUCAGAUAACAUCAGUUGGGGAGAUUACAACUGCGAAGGAGAGGAAUGAAGAGAACCUGAACAGUGUGCAGGGUAGAAGGGAACUGGACCCAUAUGUCAAUGGUCUAGGAUGGCCAGUGAAGGCUCCAACAUCCCAAGUCCCGUGGUGCGUCAGAUUGACAAGCAGUUUCUGAUUUGCAGCAUAUGCCUGGAGCGCUACAAGAAUCCCAAGGUACUCCCCUGUCUGCACACUUUCUGCGAGAGGUGCUUACAGAAUUACAUUCCAGCCCAUAGUUUAACCCUCUCCUGCCCGGUGUGCCGCCAGACCUCCAUUCUGCCAGAGAAAGGGGUUUCUGCACUUCAGAACAACUUCUUCAUCACAAACCUGAUGGAUGUGCUGCAGCGAACUCCAGGUAGCAACAUUGAAGAGUCUUCCAUCUUGGAGACCGUCACAGCUGUUGCUGCAGGGAAGCCUCUCUCCUGCCCAAAUCAUGAUGGAAACGUAAUGGAGUUUUACUGCCAAUCCUGUGAGACUGCGAUGUGCCGGGAGUGUACGGAAGGAGAGCAUGCAGAACACCCCACGGUCCAGCUCAAGGAUGUCGUUGAGCAGCAUAAGGCCUCCCUGCAGGUCCAGCUAGAUGCUGUUAAUAAAAGGCUUCCAGAGAUAGACACAGCUCUUCAUUUCAUAUCUGAAAUCAUUCAUCAGUUAACCAAUCAAAAGGCGAGCAUUGUAGAUGACAUUCAUUCUACUUUUGAUGAGCUCCAGAAGACUUUAAAUGUGAGAAAGAGUGUGCUGCUCAUGGAGCUGGAAGUUAAUUAUGGCCUUAAACACAAAGUCCUGCAGACCCAGCUGGACACUCUGUUAGAAGGGCAGGAGAGUAUUAAAAGUUGCAGCAACUUUACUGCCCAGGCCCUGAACCACGGCACUGAGACCGAAGUCUUACUAGUUAAGAAACAAAUGAGUGACAAGCUGAACGAACUUGCUGAUCAAGACUUCCCAUUACAACCCCGGGAAAAUGACCAGCUGGAUUUCAUAGUGGAAACAGAAGGGCUGAAGAAAUCCAUCCACAAUCUCGGGACUAUCUUAACCACUAACGCUGUAGCCUCUGAGACGGUUGCCACGGGAGAGGGGCUGAGGCAGACUGUGAUUGGACAGCCCAUGUCCGUUACUAUAACAACCAAGGAUAAAGACGGGGAGCUGUGUAAAUCUGGGAAUGCCUACAUUACUGCCGAACUGAGCACUCCUGAUGGCAGUGUAUCUGAUGGAGAAAUACUUGAUAAUAAAAAUGGCACUUAUGAAUUUUUGUAUACUGUCCAGAAGGAAGGGGAUUUUACUCUUUCGUUGAGACUCUAUGAUCAGCACAUCAGGGGUAGCCCAUUUAAACUUAAAGUGAUCCGCUCAGCAGAUGUGUCUCCUACAACGGAAGGUGUGAAGAGGCGGGUCAAAUCUCCUGGAAGUGGCCAUGUGAAACAAAAAGCUGUGAAAAGGCCUGCUAGUAUGUAUAGCACUGGGAAGAGAAAAGAGAAUCCCAUUGAAGAUGAUUUGAUCUUUCGAGUAGGCACCAAAGGAAGAAAUAAAGGAGAGUUUACAAAUCUUCAGGGGGUAGCUGCAUCUACAAAUGGAAAGAUAUUAAUUGCAGACAGUAAUAAUCAGUGUGUGCAGAUUUUUUCCAAUGAUGGUCAAUUUAAAAGUCGUUUUGGGAUACGAGGACGGUCUCCUGGUCAGCUACAAAGGCCAACAGGAGUGGCCGUACAUCCCAGUGGCGAUAUUAUCAUUGCAGAUUAUGAUAACAAAUGGGUUAGCAUUUUCUCAUCUGAUGGGAAGUUUAAGACCAAAAUUGGAUCAGGAAAACUGAUGGGUCCUAAAGGAGUUUCUGUGGACCGUAAUGGGCACAUCAUUGUUGUGGACAACAAAGCAUGCUGCGUUUUCAUCUUCCAGCCAAAUGGAAAAAUAGUGACCAGGUUUGGUAGCCGAGGAAAUGGGGACAGGCAGUUUGCAGGUACACUCGAUGGACCUCAUUUUGCAGCUGUAAACAGCAACAAUGAAAUUAUUGUGACAGACUUCCAUAACCAUUCUGUCAAGGUAUUUAACCAAGAAGGAGAAUUCAUGCUCAAAUUUGGCUCCAAUGGAGAAGGGAAUGGACAGUUUAAUGCUCCAACGGGCGUAGCAGUGGAUUCCAAUGGAAACAUUAUUGUGGCUGACUGGGGGAACAGUCGAAUCCAGGUUUUCGAUGGAAGUGGAUCGUUUUUAUCCUACAUUAAUACAUCUGCUGACCCGCUUUAUGGUCCCCAAGGCCUGGCUCUGACUUCAGACGGCCAUGUUGUAGUUGCAGACUCUGGAAAUCAUUGUUUCAAGGUCUAUCGAUACUUGCAGUAACAGCUGGCAAGAAGAUAGCCUUUAACACCACAAACUGGAAGAGAUUUCUCCAAGUGGGACCUACCUACAAUUUGACUAAGUUCAUUUUCUUGUUGGAAGGGAAUUUCCAAGGGACUGUCCGUGGUUAUUUCCCCACUGUAACUGUUUACCUAAGAUAACGCCUCUUAUUUCCAUGAUUGAUCCAUAGGGUUUUAAAAAAGGGAAAAACACAUCCCAAAUCUUUAAAGAACUUGGGAUCUUUAACCUAUGAAUGAUAGCAUAUAAAACAGGAAUUCAUGCAGUUCACUAAUUUUGCAAACAAACAAGAAACAAUUAACAAAAGCAAAGGUAUCUGUUGGCGUUUACUAAACCUGUGAAUGGUGGCUCCUGUUCAGAGCUCCAAAUACAAAAACUGUUGUAGUUAUGUAUUAUUUUACCCAGCUGUACUAUCUGGGUGUCUUCUUGACCUCAUCUCAUGGUAGGUAUUACUCUCAUAACGUUCUUCAGCUCUUAGUAACUGUAAAUGAAUAGGUUCUUUUAGUAAAGGUAAGGCUGUCAUUGCAAAAUCCUCUUAGCUCUGAUUGUUAAACCCAACACGCCUUGACUUUAGCACUCUAAGAAUCAAUGCAAAUUUCCCUGUCCUGGGACAUAUCAAAGAUAUUUUCAUGUUUCUUUUCACCUCUGGCACUCCUGGUACCUGACCACUAAAUGUUUGCAAGGAGACCUAAGAUUCCUUAUGCUUUGGAAGUACUUUACUAUGCUUCAGCCAUCACUGCUAUCUUCUAGUAGGCAGACAACUCGUAAACACUGAAUUGAUUCAUUUAGUUGUAGACCAAACAAAUCACAAACUCAGAAGGUUACCAGCCUCCAACCCCACUCGAGUAUAAACUGUUCUACCGGCAAUUUAACAACACAAAUGACAGGACCCUCCUUGUCCCCAAGUCAGAAAGAUCUGCGGAGCCUUCUAGGGUACCUAUGGUGAUCCGUCAGGGGGACCUAGGUGACUGAUUAAUGGUUGUUUCAUUCAAAUCAAGUGUUACCAAAGUUGUGUUAACUUAAGAGCAUUAACAGUAAGAGCAUGUUAUAGUUAUUUGUCAUUGUCAAUGAAGUGAAGGAUCGAAGGGAUUUGUGUAUACAUGAUUAUGCUAAUAUGAAGUAUAUAAUAAGUAUUUGAAGAUGUGCUGAGAUUAAAAGCCCCCUGAAAUAAGGUAGCAUUCUGAAAGCUAAAACCAUCCCUAUAUGUGUGUUCCUUUCUACUUACUACAUUCCUUUACAGGCCAGUUGAAACCGUCGAAUGGGAUAAGCCCUACUACCCAACUGGAUUGCCACUUCCCACUGAUGCCAGGGGCACCUAUGGGCAGAAGAUGACCAGUGAUUUUUGGACUUAAAAAAUUAAAAAAUGAGGUCUUUCCCUAGGGCAGCAUAUUUCAAACUGAGCCUAAAUCCAUUAUAAGAAACGCUUUAAGAAUAAUGAAGUUAAUAGUUAAAAGCAUUGUUAAUACUGUAAAAUAUCGUCAGGUCAUCCUGUCUCUCCUCUUAAGUCUCAACCCAGUUGCCACAACCAUGAUGCCAGUUCUAAAAAGUAUCUUGAAGCUUAAUUUUUUUUAAAGCACCAUAGAGCUGUAUAUUUUUAACACCUCCCUAGCUGCACAACUAUUCAAAGGUGAUACUUUGUGGCUUUGUUUAGUUUUAUUCUCAGAAUCAAACAUUGUCAUAUAGAUUUCUCAUGUUUUUAGGAGCAAGUCAGUCUGCCCUUUGCAGUUGAAAGCCGUUCUUUGAUCUAAAUGAGAAAACAUAUAGUUGGAAGUUGAGUAACAUUUUUCAGACUGUUAAACUAAGAUAGUGCUUGCCAAAGUGGAGAAAGUAGGACUAUUGACUUUGGAUGUCCUAAUAUUCUACAGUACGGAAAGGACAGUUUUACUACAAUUAAAGAAAAAUGCUUACUAAAAUCAGUUGAACUACAAUCAGUUUGCCCUAGUGAAAUUAAAAUGUCUUUUAAUUCACCAGUCUAAUACACACUAUGAAUGUUUUACUCAUAGAUUUUGCUGUCUAUAUAAUAUUCUGCUUGUAUUUGUUAAAUUAAGGAAAUGGCAUAAGCUAUAACUCAUCCAUUGAAAUUCAGAUGCAGAGGAGCAAUUAAAUGGAAUCCAUAGGCUUGAUUUCCCAGUGGACAUAUUUAGGUUGAUGUUUUUAAUUUAUUUCAAUAACAGCUAAAACUGGGAUAGAAUUUAAUAGAAAUUAAAUACAGACCUGUUUACCUAACUAUACUGAAAUAUUUGCUAUGGCCACCGCAGGUGACAUUAUUUAAUUCUUUUGAAAAGCUGAUGUAUUUAUACAUGUUUGUUGAAGUGAACUUAUACAUUUCAUCUGUGUGCAUAUGUGUGCAUUUACUGCAUUAUUUUUCUUAUAAGCAUAUUCUAAAAACCUCUUCUAAUCAAAUAUUAAUGAACAAGAUUUAAAGAUACAUGAAUCUGUGAUAUGCUAAUGAAAUCUGGAACUAUGCCUAAAUUAGCUGAGAGAGACAUAGUGGAAGAUGUGGUCUUCUCCUAGCCCUAAAGCUGGUUUUCUUUCAUCGAAUGUGCAGUAUUUGUCAUACCUUUAUAAUGAGCAGUACUGAAAAGUGACACCAAUUCAGAUUUUCCCUGGGCACUUAGAAAAAACCCCCUGCCAUUUGUAGUUAAAAAGACAGUAGUAUAAAGCAUCUGUUUGACGAUGGAAGCCUAUAUUGCAAGGUACAGGGAGGCUGACAAAUAUGUUAUUUAAACCAGCCAAAAAUACCUCGAUUAAAAGCCAAGACUAACAUUUGCGAUCUGGUGUAUUUGAAUGUAUUUUUUUCUUUUUGAGGAUACUUGUUUUUUGUCCAACUCUUUUCUCCUGAUAAAUUAGUAAUCCCCAGAAAUUUCCAGUUUUAAUUUUCUCCAUUUUUGACCACUUGAAUGCCAUCCAAGGUUGAAAACUCAGGCAGGUAGAAGACACUUGUGACACUGCUGAAUAUGUAGGUUUGUCCAGACAAGACUCACCAGAACAGCUGGUUUUGGAGACCCAGCAGUGAAAACAUUAAUAAAAUUAAUUUUGGUGACAUUUACUGUUGAUAGCCGCAAUAGUUAUCAGAUCAUGAAUUGCUUUGAACAGGGAGAAAUCUUCGAGUACUUCAGGAUUCACUAGGAUCCUCUCUGCUAGUUUUUGCAAAGGGAAGAAAAAUUGCUUUCCAGGUCAGACAUUAUAAAAUGCAAAUGGAUUUUACAUAGAUUAACGUUUCAGGAAUGUAACUUGAAAAAUUCAGUGAGAGUGGUUUGAUGCAGACACUAAUAUUGCUUAACGUGAAGUAGUAAAUGCUAUUCUGUAAAAGUUACAGGGCUUAAACUAUACAAUUAUGUGAAUAUUUUUGAUAAUUGAGGAUCUUGUGUUGCCAUAAUGGAAACUAAGUGCCCAUUAAAGAUGCAUUUGUUAUAAAGAAGUGAUUUUUUUUUCUUUUUGCUUUGGAUGACAGCAAGCUAAAAACCAUGAUGUAAUCCUGAGAACUCUCUGAAGAUGAAUUGUGUGCAAUGAUUGUGUGGUCUGUUUGUGGGGAUUGUAUGAACACUACUAAUUAGCACCCUACAGUAGGUUGAUAAAUUGGCUGUGUUGUUCUAAUGAAUGUACAGCACUUGGAUUAACGUCUGUAAGCAACAUGGUCUUAAUCUCAAUGCUUUUCUUUUUGCAUUAUGGCAUGGAAUGGUCCAUCAUCAGCAUACUGUAUCUCUGUGCUAGAAUUCUGUAUCAUUCUCUACUCUGUACCCUUCCAGUCCUAGGAAUUAAUAAUAGACGGUAAUGAUUUGGGGCUCUUUUUGGUACAUUCCAUCUUUGUCAGUCUGUUCCACAUGUUUCAUGUACAGAACAUACAAUAUAAGGUCUUGCAUUCUGAAAUGGAUAAUGAAAUAUUCUAAUUAUUUGUUUCUCUUAGAAAACAAGAUACAAACUUUGCCUAUUUAAGGUCAAGGAUGAAAGCUGUGCAUCAAAAGUGUUUGUAUGUGUGUAGCUUCAUGUGUGCCGCAGUUCUUUGGAUGCUUUAGUCUACAAUAAAAACUUUAAAUUUGCUCUGUCUUGAAACCAUAGGAGACGCAAGAAUCUAACGUGUAUCUUUGCCAUGCACAAAAUUUCAAGCAAUUAUAAUAAAGCUUGUUCCCUCUGUUAUUU